AUGGAGUUCAUAGUGCCCCAACACGGUCAGGAUGUGUGUCCCUCUGCCCCCCUCUUGGACAACCCCAGUGGCUCCCGGCUGCACUACAAUGGAGUCAGGAGGAAGCUGCGGCCUGGGAGGAUCUUUGGUUUCAUCCUGAGUCUGGCGGUGGUCUGUACAGUCUGUUCAUGGAGUGCCUUGUCUCUGACCACCAGGGCUGGAGUGGCACUUCACUCAGAGGUGUUUGGUUCAGAGGCAGCUGUGCCACGGAGGACUCUUAUGCAGCACCCAAAUGUCACAGAGGACACGCCAGAGGCCAUGAAGUCAUCAUCAGACAUUGAGAUGAACCACGGGGACUACCCAACAGACUACUUUACUGUGGAGGAGAGGCGCCAGGGCUUUGUGGCGCUUCAUAUGUUUGGCAUGUUGUACAUGUUCAUAGCCUUAGCAAUAGUCUGCGAUGAGUUCUUUGUCCCAGCGCUCACUGUUAUCACUGAGAAGUUGGAGAUCUCAGAUGAUGUGGCAGGAGCCACCUUCAUGGCAGCAGGAGGGUCAGCUCCAGAGCUCUUCACUUCAGUCAUAGGAGUAUUUGUAUCACACAGUAAUGUAGGCAUUGGUACCAUAGUGGGCUCUGCUGUCUUCAACAUUCUCUUUGUGAUCGGCAUGUGUGCCCUUUUCUCCAAAGAGGUGCUGAACCUCACCUGGUGGCCUCUGUUCAGAGAUGUCUCAUUCUACAUUGUUGGGCUCCUCAUGCUCAUCUAUUUCUUUUUGGACAAUCAAAUCACGGUGGGAGAGAGUGUGAGCCUGCUGCUGUGCUACACCAGCUACGUGACAUUCAUGAAGUACAAUGCCAAAGUAGAAUUAUUCAUCAAGACGACAAUAGGCAGCAACCAGGUGGACGAACUGGAGAGUGCACCCAAGGUCCCUCCACCAAUUGAAAAUGAAAACAAGCUCAUGGCUAAACCCAGACUGCAAAGAGAAGGAAGCUGUGCCUCUCUACACAACAGUCUGAUGAGGAACAGCAUCUUCCAGCUCAUGAUUCACACCUUGGAUCCUCUUAGUGGUGAUGGACAAUUCAAAGAAAAAGCAUCAAUCCUUCACAAAAUGGCCAAGCACCAGUGUAAAGAGGAAACAAUAAAUGCCAAUGGUGUAGCUGAUAAAAACAUACCCAAUAACACCAACGUGGCAGUUGAAGUCACACCACCAAUGAAUGGUGUUGCUGGUGGUAAUGAGGGCCCAGAGGAAGAGGAGGAGGAUGAAGAUCAGCCUCUGAGCCUGGCUUGGCCGGACACUGCCAGGAAACGCAUCACCUACCUCAUUGUUCUGCCCAUUGUCCUUCCUCUUUGGAUCACGCUGCCUGAUGUUAGGAGAGAGACUUCAACAAGGUUUUUUCCAGUCACUUUUCUUGGUGCUAUCUGCUGGAUUGCAUUCUUCUCAUACCUGAUGGUGUGGUGGGCUCAUCAGGUUGGAGAAACCUUCUGGAUUACAGAGGAGAUCAUGGGACUGACCAUCUUAGCAGCUGGCACCUCUAUCCCUGAUUUGAUCACUAGUGUGAUUGUGGCGCGAAAAGGCCUGGGGGACAUGGCCGUCUCCAGCUCUGUUGGCUCCAACAUCUUUGACAUCACAGUGGGCCUGCCCUUCCCAUGGCUCUUGUACAACAUCAUAAAUGACUUCAAGCCAGUGGAGGUGAGCAGCAAUGGACUGUUUUGUGCCAUCGUGCUGCUCUUCCUCAUGCUGCUCUUCGUCAUUAUCUCCAUCGCAGCAUGCAAGUGGAGAAUGAGCAAGUUCCUGGGUUUCCUCAUGUUUCUGUUGUACUUUGUGUUCCUGGUCGUCAGUGUGUUGCUGGAGGACAGAAUUAUCACAUGCCCUGUGACAGUUUGAGAGGACAGCCCAUGGAAGGACGGAAGACAAAAGACACUUGAAUAUAUUCUCACACCACAAAGGUGGAAAAACAAGUCCGCACAAAAACUGUAUGAAUCUCAUCAAUAGAAAACCACAACAUUAACAUGAAGCUGAUUUAAAAUGAAACGCUACCAUCAAAAUUUGUGGCAGAAAAGAAUGCCGUCUGUUUGGGACCUGGGACUAAACAAAGCAACAGACGAUUUUGUGGCUUUGUGCUGAAAGGUCUGUUCAAGAAGGAUAUUAAUUAAAAGGCCAUGCUUCAAGACUUGUGUGUAGCAUUACGUAGACUGGGCAUUAUUAACUGUAUCAGUGACAAUACAAUUUAGAUGCUCUCACACCCAAUAUUAUAUUAUGUGGUUUAAUGACAGUGAAGUUAGAUAUGGCCAAAUUACAGAAUUUAAGACCAUACUUUGUUAAAUCCAGAUUUGGAAGAAUCAGCAUUUUUUUGUUGACCAAAUGAUAAUGAAAUAAUGUCACAUAAAGAAGCCAAACAAAAUGUAUGUUAUGAAAUGAAGCAUUUCUUCUACUCUUGUAUCCCAAACAUGGAUCUGUCUUAGACCUCAUGAGGUGAUGGUACACACUUUACUGCUUGGUUGGCCUUCUACAUGCACUAAAUAGAGAUUACAGGUACUUCUGCAUUAAGCUCAGGAACAAAUUACAGCUGAUGCUAAAUUAAUUAUUUAAAUUUAUUGUACUGGAAUUUUCUUCUUUUUUUGGCAAUUAUAUGAAAAUUUGGGGUGUAUUUAGGGUCCGUGGGUUUAUUAUUGAAUGUGAAUGAUUUGUUAACAGACUGUUGUUAGAGCAGACACUGGUCUUGGAUUCGUCCUCUCACUCCUCGUGGCUACAAGCCUUUCAUGAACCUCUAACAAUCAUCAUCCAAUAAAAUCAGAAGGGUGGAAAAAAUGAAAAGUCAGCAUAUGUGUUUAUUUCAUAAUUCUAGAGUAUGGACACUCUUUUGAAAAUGAAUUCCUCUGUGGAUGAUCAAAACUUGUAAAAAACAUAUGAUAGAUUUAAGAACAUUAUUUCAGGAGAAAUGUCAGACUGAGACAACAAAUGCUAAAAUGGCAUAGGGUCAAUACAUGUGGAGAAACAAGUUUGUAUGUUUGGCAUUUUCUGUAAUUAUGUGCUACUUGAAUUAUGUCUUACAGUGUAAAAUACAUCCAAAUACAAAUUUUCUGUCAACAGUACAAUAAACAAAAAUCAAAUACCUCCAGAAUUCAUGUUCUAAAGACUGAAUUAUCACCUCAAAUUCAUUUAAUGAAAAAAAGUUAAAUCCUGCACAUCAAGGCUGGUACCAUCUGACCUUCACAUCACCAGUCCCUCUGGUCCUUCUCCAUCCACCCACCUUCUAACCCUUACUCUCCCACUCCCCAUAUCCACACUCUAAACUCUCUGUUCAAUAACAGC